GCUGAAAUUUGGUAAUAUAUGUCUUAUAAACAAGAACGGGGCUCAGGGAAUGUCACAUAUACCAGGAGACGCCGUGCUUCCAAAGUGAACCGAUGUACGAGUUGUCGGAAACUUAAAAUCAAAUGUGAUGAAGGGCUACCUAAAUGUGAAUAUUGUCAGCAUACAAAUCGAGAGUGUGUAUAUGUGCCUCUUGAUGAAAAAGUAGUCAAUAAUAUUCCAAUGUCGUCGUCACUUGUCCAUGCAUCGGUUUCAAAUAUGAAUUCUCCAAUUUCACAGCUCCAUAUCUCUAAAUUUGAAUACAGAUUAUUGCAUUAUUUCCAAGAGGUGUACCUUCGACAGCACCUGGGGACCCAGAGCCCUCAACUUGAACACAUUUGGCAUGUAGAAGUUCCAAAACUAUGGCAACAUUCCGAUCUUGUUAGGCAGAGUAUAUUCCUGUUGAGUGCCAUGAUUUUAUGGAACGUUUGUGAUCUUGAAUUGAUGUUCAGGGCCGAUUAUGGGUAUUAUGACGGAAGAGCACAUUAUAAUGGCAUUGGAAGGUCUGAUUUCAACUCUGUAGCUAUAGGAAGAGACUUGAUUGAGGAAGGGGAUGAAUUUCUAAGUUUGGGCAGACAAACUCAUGAUGAAAUUAAAUUGCUUUUAUUUGAAAAAAGUACUGAAUAUUUUACCAAAUGUCUUUCAAGAACAUAUGAUACCAUGGAUAGAGUCAGAAGACAAGAUUUGGCUGUGACUUCGAUGUUUCAGGCUGCAGAAAUCGUUAUAUCUGGAGUACUACUUUUCAGUUUUCUUGCCCUUGAACCACAUGGAUUGGUUCCACUUGUAUCAUUCAAUCCUGAAGUAACCGAUCUAUUAUCAAUGUGUAAAGGAAUGAAGAUUUCUAUGGGACAAUCGUUCCCAUUGUUGUAUGUGUCCCCAUAUUCAGGGUUAUUCCAUGAUAGUGAAUACUUAAAUCCUCCUACUAUCACCGACGAAGACGUAUAUCCCUUGGUGGAAUGUUUAAAAUUGGCCCUAGAGGAGUAUAUAAGAUGCAAUAAUUUAAUGGAAACUUCGCAAAUGACCAUAUCUUAUCGAGAGGCCAUUCGAGUAUUCGAAAUAGUAAUUCAUUUAUCAGUCAAGGGUAAAUAUGCUCUCCCAAUAUUCAGAUAUAUAUUUUUGAUUGAUAUUGAAAUUUAUGAUUAUAUCAGAUUGAAUCGUGACGAAUUUGGCUUAAAAUUAUUGUUUUUUUAUUGUUGUAUGGGAUGUAUGACCAAAUUUCGACUAUUCACUGAUUCAAACAUAUGGAUUGAAUAUGUAACUUGGUAUAAGAAACACAAUUUCAAGACUCAUGGGGAUUGGAAGUAUCCAGAAGAUAAGUCACUUUAUGGGUUAGUGGUAGAAAAGAGAUUGGAAGUGAAAGAUGACGAUUUCAGUGUGUUACAGACAUUUAAUCCCAUGACAUUUGAAGAUUUCGAAGAGAUGGCGUUGGACUAAAUUGGGUAUAAUGGUAAUUGAAAGUGCCUAACUAGACUUACAUUUAAGGUGUCGAUCCAUAUUUCCAUGAUAAAUAGAGUGGGGACAAUUUCGCAGCUAUUUAUGGUUGCAAAUUAUUGUCCAUCACAAAUCAGUCUUUGUUACAAGGUUUUUGUGGUAAUCAUCAUCCCCAUUUAUGGCACAACUAAUCGUUAUAAGUAAGACCUUAACUCUAUCUCUUUUUAUGUACAAUGUGAAGAAUUAACGAUUGAUAUGGAGUAAAAUAAAGAAGUGGGAUGAGUUUAAAUUUUUUAAAGAGAUUACUCAAUCAAAUCGUAAUGUAUGCUUAUUUAAAACGCUUGGCAAAGCUCAAAUUCAAUCUAUAUCCCCUAAGAGUUUAUCCAUUCACCUCCAACUUACUUAUCCAUUAGUUUUGCAGCACAGGGACAAGAUAUAAAUUGAAAGAGAAUGCGGAUGCAGAUUUCGCGUGAUGAUCAGCAAAC